ACCCCAUGUCAGCUGGAUGAACAGCCGUUCAUUCACGUUCGUGGUCGUUGUGGUGGACGAAGGCAAACGAGCGAGAGAUGCGGAGGCGGGAUGAAGUAAGGCGACGGGCCCGACGGGGAAAAGAGCUGCAAAAUGAUUUUGUCGCCGCAACGCCGCUUUGUGUCUUCACCUCCUCUUGACUCUGUCUUCCACCACGGCGUGUUUCAAUCCGCCUCAGCUCUUUACUGAUUGAAAGUCAACCAUCGGUUUUAUUUUCACCUGCGAUCGCGAUCCCAGCCAUCCACCUUCCGCCAGAAUCUUUCUUAAAAAACUCGCCGCGCCGUGCGGGGACUCAUCUCUCCUCCUUCACCUUCACCUUUCUUCAACAAUUGAAUUCAAAUCUACGAUAAAAUGCCUCUCGAUACAUCGACCACAUAUCCUCUGACCAAGCUGCGCCUGGACGGCCGUCGCUGGAACGAACUCCGCCUGCUGCAGGCGCAGAUCUCCACGAACCCCGCCAGCUCCGGAUCCUCGUACAUGGCGAUGGGCAACACGGCCAUCAUGUGCUCGGUACACGGGCCCGCGGAGGGCCGUCGCGGCGAUGCCACCGGCGGCGCUGCCGGGUCCUCAGGGGCGGUCGUCGAGGUGGACGUCAACGUGGCCGGGUUCGCGGGGGUUGAUCGCCGGAGAAGGGCAGGAGGCAGCGACAAACAAUCCUCGCGCAUUGCGACAACGCUCCGGUCGGCCUUCCAAUCGCAUCUUCAUACCUACCUGUACCCGCACAGCACGAUCAGCAUCCACGUCUCGGUUCUGUCCGCCGACGGCUCGCUCCUGGCGGCGGCGAUCAACGCCUGCACGCUGGCGCUGGUGGACGCUGGCAUCCCGAUGCCGGGUCUGCUCUGUGGCUGCACGGCCGGGAUGAGCGGGAGUGCGUCCACGCCGCGCGAUCCGCGCAACGACUUCCUCGAUCCGCUGCUGGAUCUGUCGCUGCCAGAGGAGCAGGAGCUGCCGUUCCUGACGGUGGGGACCACGACGUCUGUGCCGGUGGGGGAGAACGCGAUGGACGAUGACGAGGAUAUGAAGGUGACGAUGCUGAACAUGGACUCGAAAGUGCACUGCACGUAUGUGGAGACGAUGCUGGCCGUGGGGAUUGACGGGUGCAAGCAGAUCCGGGAGAUCUUGGAGGGGGUGAUUAAGGGGUCGAACCGGCUAUAGUUUUGUCUAUGAAGGUCUGUUUGGGCUGGUCAUCAAAAGCAUUAUGUUUAUACCCAGAGAGUGCAAUUCGGUGUUGGCUUUUCUC